GCGCGCAUCGCUCACCCCCUUCUCUCCUCUUAUUUCUUUCCCUUACCUUUAAUACCCUCAGUUUGUGUGCGUGGGCAGAUUCCCACCAGUCGAAAUCAUGAGUGUCGUUGGUGUCGAUUUCGGAACCCUCAAGACCGUCAUUGCCGUCGCCCGCAACCGCGGCGUCGAUGUGGUCACCAAUGAAGUCUCAAACCGAGCUACUCCUUCCUUGGUAGGCUUCGGCCCCAAGUCUCGCUACCUCGGUGAGGCGGCCAAGACCCAGGAGAUCUCCAACCUCAAGAACACCGUCGGCUCCCUCAAGCGCCUCGCCGGCCGAUCUUUCAACGACCCCGACGUUCAGAUUGAGCAAAAAUACAUCACCGCUGCCCUUGCCGAUGUCAAUGGCCAGGUCGGCGCCGAGGUCAGCUACCUUGGCAACAAGGAGAAGUUCACGGCCACCCAGCUCGUCGCCAUGUACCUGAGCAAGAUCAAGUCUACCGCCGCUGCCGAGCUCAAGCUGCCCGUGUCCGACAUUUGCAUGAGCGUGCCUCCGUGGUUCACUGACAUCCAGCGCCGCGCACUCAUCGAUGCUGCCGACAUCGCCGGCCUCAAGCUCCUCCGCCUCAUCAACGACGGCACUGCCGCCGCCCUGGGUUGGGGUAUCACCAAGCUCGACCUCCCCGGCCCCGAGGAGCGCCCCCGCCGUGUUGCCUUUAUCGACAUCGGCCACAGCAGCUACACCGUCUCCAUCGUCGAGUUCAAGAAGGGUGAGCUCGCCGUCAAGGCUACCACCUGGGACAAGGACUUUGGCGGCCGAGAUUUCGACCGCGCCCUGGUCGAGCACCUCGCCAAGGAGUUCAAGGGCAAGUACAAGGUCGACAUCAUGACCCACGGCCGUGCCCUCGCCCGCACAAUCGCCGCCGCCGAGAAGACCAAGAAGAUCCUGUCUGCCAACCAGCAAGCUCCCGUCAACAUCGAGUCGCUCAUGAACGACAUUGAUGCCUCCGCCAUGAUCACCCGCCAGGAGUUCGAGGCCAUGAUCGAGCCUCUCCUCGUCCGCACCCAGGCUCCCCUCGAGCAGGCCCUCGCCCAGGCCAAGCUCACCAAGGAGGACAUCGACAUCAUCGAGGUUGUCGGUGGCGGUUCUCGAGUCCCUGCCCUGAAGGACAGAAUCCAGGCCUUCUUCGGCAAGCCCCUCUCCUUCACCCUCAACGCCGACGAGGCUCUUGCCCGUGGCUCCGCCUUCAGCUGCGCCAUUCUCUCCCCCGUCUUCCGUGUCCGCGACUUCGCCGUUCAGGACAUCAUCAGCUACCCCAUCGAGUUCGCCUGGGAGAAGGCUCCCGAUAUCCCCGACGAGGACACCAGCCUGACUGUCUUUAACAAGGGCAACGUCAUGCCUUCCACCAAGAUCCUCACCUUCUACCGAAAGCAGCCCUUCGACCUCGAGGCUCGCUAUGCUCAACCCGAGGACCUUCCCGGCAAGACCAACCCCUGGAUCGGCCGCUUCUCUGUCAAGAAUGUCAAGGCCGACGGCAAGGACGACUUCAUGAUCUGCAAGCUUAAGGCGCGUGUCAACAUCCACGGUGUUCUGAACGUUGAGAGCGGCUACUAUGUUGAGGACCAGGAGGUUGAGGAGGAGGUCAACGAGGAGGGUGAUAAGAAGGAUCCCGAUGUGAGUUUUCUCGAGUCCAUGUCACAUCCCAACAUUCCCGCCCCGGGCCAGAGCCCGGAAUCUCCUUCAUCAUCCGCGUCAGCCAUGGAGACCGACAAGGAUGCCCCCAAGAAGACCCGCAAGGUCAAGAAGCAGAUCCGCAAGGGUGAUCUGCCCAUCUCGACUGGCACUGCUUCGCUCGACGAGGCUGCCAAGACUGCCCUGCUCGAGAAGGAGGCCGCCAUGGUGAUGGAGGACAAGCUUGUUGCCGACACCGAGGAGAAGAAGAACGAGCUCGAGGCCUACAUCUACGACCUCCGUGCCAAGCUCGACGACCAGUACGCCGACUUCUCCAGCGAGGAGGAGAAGCAGACUAUCAAGGCCAAGCUCGAGGCCACUGAGGACUGGCUCUACGAUGAGGGUGAUGAUACCACUAAGGGUGUCUACAUCGCCAAGAUCGACGAGAUCCGUGCCAUGGCUGGACCCAUCGUCCAGCGCCACUUUGAGAAAGUCGAGGCGGAGCGACAAGCCGCUCUCGAGCGAGCCGAGGCCGAACGGGCUGCGAAGAAGGCUGAGGAGGAUGCUCGCAAGGCUGAGGCUGAGAAGGACCAAGAGAUGAAGGACGCUGAUGCUCCGCAACAGGGUGGCGAGGCUGACCCCCAGUAAGUUGUGAGAGGAAGAAGAUCAUGACACAGCUGUACGGUAUACCUCGGCUGUGGUCACGCACAUGAUAUGAGAUGAAUGAUGCCCGAAAAAUAUGUCAAAAGAGGCCACGAAGAAAGAAUUGGAGGAAGAAAUAGAGCAUGUUAACGGUUGCAACGGCUUUUUAUUGGGAGAGGGAAGAGGGAGGGAUCAUCAUGACGGAUAUGUUACCCGCUGUUAGACCACUUUUGCCUUUUGUAGCUAGGAUCCAUACACUCAGGCUUGGUUCAAGUCUUGGAGCCUUUG